ACCAACUUUUAAAAUAAUUGAAUAAAUAUUUGCAAAGAUAAGCGCACUCGUAAGCAAAAGUGACCUUUAAAAUAUGGAGAAACAUUUAUAUGCAAAUGGCUGAUUUAUGGCUCGAAUUCGAAGUAACUGGGUAUUCCCAGGUGGAACCUGGAACAGACGGUUGGCUUUCACUCAAGGUGAUUUUCACGAUCACCAUUGAAGUGGGGUCCAUUAAUGUCACGUUCAACGGCCGAGGUUUAUCACACACACCUUUGAUUCAUGUUGCUGAUACAGUUCGAAAGUUCUCUAUCCAGCCACAGAAACUUGCAAGUUGGUAUCCACGAUGAUAGAGUAAUCAAGAGAAAAAAAUUGCAAUUCAUUCUUGAUUGAAAGAAGGUCAUUGACCUUCCGAGACUUAUCAGUAACCUUUUGUUAACACUCUGAUAUUGAUUCAAAUCUUGCCGAAAGACUUUCUCUCGAGCGCAGCGCGAGACAAACUUCAUGUGUAGCUUCCUGGUACCGAGAGACAUUCCUUCCUUUGGUUAGCAAGUAACGGUAGCAUUACCAAAGGAUCAAAAAUAGUAUGCCAAAUCAAAAAUGGGUAUCAAAAAGCGCCCUGUUUUUACUUUAUAUUGUCGCUUCAACGUGGACGGCCCUCGGAAACCCUAUAAGGAUGAGGCGAGAGGCACUAAUCGAGGCCACAAAUUGGACAGAGCUAGCUGAGGAAUGGAUGAGGGCUAAAGAACGUAAUGUUGAUAAAUUUGGCGUUACAUUGUUACCUUUUCGAGAAAAACUACGUGAUCUACCACCGACAGCGGGAACAGUUGUUAUCAAAGGAAUGAGUAUCGAUCAGUAUAAGCGGAUGAAUUAUUCGCGAAUGCUUUGGGGUAUGGAGAAUAUGCAACAAGGAGGACACCUCUCCUUAUUUGUGGACAAGGCUAUGAAGCUCCUAGACUUAAGGCAGGUCAUGGUAGAGGUUGAAACCUCGGUCAUGUCCAAGGUUUCUUGUACAGCAUGUAAAGUUGGUGCAGGGCUUUUACAACAUUACAUUAAGUCUGGAAAAAGUGAAGAAGAAAUCAUGAGCAGUAUUUACCAGUUUUGUGUCUCCCUCAAAAUUCAGAGUUCUAGGGUCUGCCAAGGAGUCACUCUUCUUUUUGGGGGUGAGAUGAUAUACGUUUUGAAGCAAAUUGAGUUGGGUCCAGCUCAAAUUUGCAGUUUUGUGAUUGGAGACGCCUGUGACGAUGCCUAUAACCCACAACAUGAAUGGGAAGUGGCAUUUCCUCCAGUGAAGAAGCCACCAAUACAGCCACCAAUCCCACCUAAAGAAGGUGGACCAACCUUCAAGGUUUUGCACAUUUCGGAUACUCAUUAUGACCCUUAUUAUCAAGAAGGCUCAAAUGCCGAAUGCAAUGAGCCCCUUUGUUGUCGACUCACAAAUGGACCUCCUCUUACUGCCUCUGCUGCAGCUGGAAGAUGGGGUGACUAUAGAAAGUGUGAUACGCCCAAGAGGACAGUGGACCACAUGUUGAAACAUAUCGCCGACACACAUUCUGAUAUUGACUACAUCCUAUGGACUGGUGACUUGCCUCCUCACGAUGUUUGGAAUCAGACGAGGGAAGAAAAUAUUAAUGUCUUGCGAGAUACAGUCAAUCAGAUGCUCGAGAUGUUCCCUGGAAUUCCAAUUUUCCCAUCUCUUGGUAAUCACGAGAGUGCUCCAGUUAAUAGUUUCCCACCGCCAUUUGUACCAGAAGAAAACAGCAUAUCCUGGUUGUAUGAUGAAUUGGAUAAACAAUGGAGGAAAUGGUUACCAGCCGGAGUUUCUCAUACAGUAAGAAGAGGCGCCUUCUACUCAGUUUUAGUUCGACCAGGUUUUAGGAUUUUAUCAGUAAACACAAAUUAUUGUAACAACAAAAAUUGGUGGCUUCUGAUAAAUAGUACGGAUCCAGUCAGCGAAUUGCAGUGGUUGAUUUACGAACUUCAGGGAGCUGAGAUGAAUGGGGAAAAAGUUCACAUCAUCGGACACAUUCCCCCGGGCCAUUCAGAUUGUUUGAAGGUCUGGUCAAGGAAUUACUAUCACAUCAUCAAUCGGUACGAAUCAACGAUAACAGCACAGUUUUUCGGCCACACACAUUAUGAUGAAUUUGAAGUCUUUUACGACACGACAGAUCUUGGAAGGGCUUUGAGUAUAGCUUAUGUGGGACCUUCUGUCUCACCUUAUUAUGAUCUUAAUCCGGGAUAUCGGAUAUAUUACGUGGAUGGGGAUCAUCCAAAAACGUCGAGGAUGGUUAUUGACCAUGAGAGUUGGGUAAUGAAUUUGAAGGAAGCCAAUUUAUACGACUAUCCAAUUUGGCACAAAACCUACAGUGCAAGACAGGCUUAUCAAAUGUCUUCCCUUCUACCAAAGGAUUGGGAUGCCUUAAUUGACAAGAUGUCGAAUGAACCAAUGUCGUUCGAUCUCUACUACAAGAAUUAUUAUAAAAAUUCGCCAAUGAGGCCAACCUGUAAUGACGAAUGUCGCAAAAGGUUACUUUGCGAUUUGAGAAGUGGAAGAAGUCACGAUAGGAAGGCACUUUGUCAAAGUAUCGAAUCAAGAAUAGAUGGCGACACAAGAACAGGAUGGCGAGCCUGGAUCUACAAUGGCCUAGCUAUUUCGUACGUACAUGAUUGGUGGCAAGACACGUACUCACAAAAAUGAUACUAACAAUUCAUCAAAAAAGGCUUGAACUAUAAUAACUCACCAGAAAAUGCCUUUUUUUUUAAACAAGCUUUACUGUAUUAAAAUCCACCUUGCAAUCAGGCCUGUCCUCUACUCACCACUCACCACUCACCACUUACCGCUCACCACUCAUCACUAGCAACUCACCACUUACCGCUCACCGCUCACCGCUCACCACUCACAACUAGCCACUCACCACUCACAACUAGCCACUCACCACUUACCACUCACCCGUCGCCACUUACUGCUUGCCACUGGUGAGUGCAAAUGGUAGAAAUGCACUAUCUGGACUUUAAGUAAAUUUUGCCUUUCUGGACAAGCCUGUUGUAGUUAAACUCGCGUUACCAAAAAAUAAUAAUAUUGCAUGUAUGACUAUCAGGGUGCCUCAUGAAAUUCGUUUUUUUUUUAAAUUUUGUCUGGACAAUUUCUUUGUUUGGCAAAAAAAUGAUACCUUAGUUUUGCCAUACGAAAA